CAAAGGAGUUCGGAAGUAUCGAACCCGUACGUCGCGUUUCGAUUGAAUUUUCCAGGUGAAAAAUAGUGCUAAAUCCGUCGAUUGUUGGUAAUUGUGGUGAAUAAAGGCCGUUUGAAGCAUACUUUUAUUGAUCCGGGUCGCGAAAGGUUUUAGGUGGCACCCCAAUUCGAUUUGGGGGGUGGCUCGCGGUAGCACCCUUAUCUGUCAGAACGCAAGGAUAAAGGGAAAACGUCGGUCGUCGUCUGUUUUCCACACCCCGUCGUCGCCGUCGCGUGCGUCGCGCAACCAUACCGUCGUCGCCGUCGUUGUGUAUCUUUAGCGUGCUAGUCUCUGCUUUGGAAGUACUACAACAGGAAAUAUCAAUCUUUCGUCUCCCCUUUGGGGAGAGAUUUUUUAAAACCACGUACAGACAAGACAGUGAAAAGAAGCAAGGAAUAAUACAAAGAUUGUGCAGUGUGCAGUGCUCGGAAUAAUUUAAUUGGACCAAACCCAGAUAAAGUGCUAAAAGUGAAGAGGUCGUUUUCCGCGAUGACUCGGUGCCGUGGAGAUACGGCGACAAUGUUCGCACUAGUGUGUAUGGUUCUGCUAAGUGGCUUCAAUUGCUUAAAUGCGGUCCAAGCGGCUUCCAAGGUGGACGACUCAAAGGGUCCCGUCUUCCUGAAGGAACCGACCAAUCGUAUCGACUUUUCCAACUCGACCGGAGCCGUUGUGGAGUGCAGUGCCACUGGAAACCCCCCGCCGGAAAUGAUCUGGAUCCGAAGCGACGGCACGGCCGUUGGAGAAGUACCCGGACUGCGGCAAAUCCUACCGAAUGGAAACCUGGUGUUCCCACCGUUCCGCGCCGAAGACUACCGUCAGGACGUGCACGCCCAGGUCUAUGCUUGUAUGGCCAAGAACCAGUUUGGAUCGAUCAUUUCGCGGGAUGUCAACGUACGAGCCGUGGUCAUUCAAAGCUACGAAGCCGAGGCGGACAACGAGUACGUAAUUCGGGGUAAUUCUGCCAUCAUGAAGUGUGAGAUUCCAUCGUUCGUAGCGGACUUCGUUGCGGUAGAUUUGUGGUUCGAUUCCGAUGGGAAUGAGUACUAUCCGGGUGACGAUAGUAGUCUAGUUGUCCACCAACACUACCAGAUCCGAGUUAACGACGACUUCAUCCUAAACGGAAAUGCUGCCAUUAUGAAGUGCUUGGUUCCGUCGUUUCUGCAAGACUUCAUCACCAUCGAUUCUUGGGAAAUUGACGACGAGGUCGUUACCAUCGAUAUGGAAUCUUUGGAUGGCAAGUACAUGGUCCUACCGUCCGGUGAGCUGCACAUCCGUGAAGUCGGACCGGAGGAUGGCUACAAGAGCUACCAGUGCCGAACCAAGCACCGACUGACCGGUGAAACUCGACUUUCCGCUACCAAAGGACGUCUCGUUAUCACAGAACCAAUCGGUAGCAAAGCUCCCUCGUUCGGGUCCAAUAUCAUGACCUAUCUGGAUACGGCCAUCAAUUCCAGCAUUGCACUGCUGUGUCAGGCGCAGGCUUACCCAGUUCCCGUUUUCAAGUGGUACAAAUACAUCGAAGGAACAACCCGCAAGCAAGCCGUGGUGUUGAACGAUCGCGUUAAGCAGGUCUCCGGAACGCUGAUCAUCAAGGAUGCCGUGGUGGACGAUUCCGGCAAGUACCUGUGCGUAGUGAACAACUCGGUCGGUGGUGAAAGCGUGGAAACUGUACUGACCGUGACGGCUCCGCUGACUGCCAAGAUUGAACCACGAACGCAAACCGUCGACUUUGGACGACCGGCCGUGUUUACGUGCAAGUUCUCCGGCAAUCCGAUCAAGACCGUCAGCUGGAUGAAGGACGGAAAAGCGCUGGGACACAGUGAUGCCGUGCUGCGGAUAGAGUCGGUCAAGAAGGAAGACAAGGGCAUGUAUCAGUGUUUCAUCCGUAACGAUCAGGAAAGCGCCCAAUCCAGUGCCGAGCUGAAGCUGGGAGGAAGAUUUGACCCACCGGUGAUUCGGGAAGCCUUCCCCGAGGAAACUCGCCACCCGGGACCGUCCGUAUUUCUGAAGUGUAUUGCUGGAGGUAACCCGACACCGGAAAUUUCCUGGGAACUGGACGGAAAGAAAGUCACCAAUAGCGAUCGGUAUCAGGUUGGGCAGUACGUUACGGUCAAUGGGGAUGUCGUAUCGCAUUUGAACAUCACAUCUCUGCACUCGAACGAUGGAGGUCUGUACAAGUGUAUCGCCAGCAGCAAGGUUGGCGUUGCGGAGCACUCUGCCAAACUCAACGUCUACGGUCUGCCUUAUGUGCGAACUAUGGAGAAGAAAUCGAUUGUGGCUGGCGAAACGCUGAUGGUGACGUGUCCGGUUGCUGGCUAUCCGAUCGAUUCGAUUGUUUGGGAAAGGGACAACCGACAGCUGCCGAUCAACCGGAAGCAGAAGGUAUUUCCCAACGGAACGCUGAUCAUCGAAAAUGUGGAACGGAACUCCGACCAGGCUACUUAUACUUGCGUUGCGAAGAAUUCAGAUGGCUACACCGCCCGGGGGACACUGGAGGUCGCUGUUAUGGUGCUGCCGCAGAUCGUGCCGUUCAGUUUCGGCGAAGAGCAGGUCAACCAGUACGAUAUGGUUUCGACGAUGUGCACCGUAAACAAAGGCGACAUGCCGAUCGACAUCAGCUGGGAGUUCGCGUCCUCCCUGAUGGAACCGCGAACGCCACGCAGGUUGCAAACGAGUGAUGGAAUUCUGAUAAGUCGUAGCAGCUCCCGUAUCAGUAUGCUAAGCAUUGACUCGGUACGGGACCGGCACAGUGGGAACUAUUCCUGCCGGGCGAAGAACCAAGCUGGGGCGGUCGAAUACAGCGCCACCCUCUCCGUGAACGUUCCACCAAGGUGGAUUCUCGAACCAACCGACAAGGCUUUCGCACAAGGCUCUAACGCAAAGGUCGAAUGCAAAGCCGAUGGGUUCCCGAAGCCUCAGGUUAGCUGGAAGAAGGCCAUCGGUGACACCCCCGGGGAAUACAAGGAUCUCCGCUCGAACGAUUCAAGCAUCCGUGUUGAGGAGGGAUCGCUUUUCAUCAACAACAUUCAGAAAUCGAACGAAGGCUACUAUCUGUGCGAAGCGAUCAACGGUAUCGGCUCGGGUCUCAGCGCAGUGAUUCUGAUCAGCGUUCAAGCUCCGCCAGAGUUCACCGAAAAACUACGCAACCAAACGGCUCGCCGAGGUGAACCAACUGUGCUGCAGUGUGAAGCUAAGGGUGAGAAGCCCAUCGGUAUUCUGUGGAACAUGAACAAUAUCCGCUUGGACCCGAAAUCGGACAACCGAUACACCAUUAGAGAGGAAAUUCGUCCGGAUGGAGUCAUGUCAAGCCUGUCGAUCAAGCGUACGGAACGAAGCGAUUCAGCUCUGUUCACCUGUAUGGCUACCAAUGCGUUCGGAAGUGACGAUUCCAGUAUUAACAUGAUCAUUCAGGAAGCUCCGGAAAUGCCGUACGCCCUCAAGGUGCUGGACAAAUCCGGCCGAACAGUGCAACUGAGCUGGGCCAAGCCUUACGAUGGAAACUCGCCACUAAAGCGAUACAUUAUCGAAUUCAAGCGAUCGCGAGGAACCUGGGAGAAUGAUGUUGAUCGCGUUAUUGUUCCUGGCCAUACCAACGAAGCUCAGGUGCAGAAGCUCAGUCCGGCCACAACCUAUAAUAUCCGAAUUGUUGCCGAAAACGAAAUUGGAGUUUCCGACUCGUCGGACGUCGUCACGAUCAUCACUGCCGAGGAAGCUCCGUCUGGUAAGCCACAAGCGAUUAAGGUCGAACCAAUCAAUCAAACUACGCUCCGAGUUAGCUGGAAGGCUCCUCCACGUGCCGAAUGGAACGGUGACAUUUUAGGCUACUACGUAGGAUUCAAGCAGACUUCGCAAAAUUCGUCAUACAUCUACGAAACGGUGAACUACUCCUUGGAAGGUGGUGAAGGAAAGGAGCACAGUUUGGAGAUCAACAAUUUGAAGACCUACACUCAGUAUUCGAUAGUCAUCCAAGCGUUCAACAAAGUUGGAGCUGGUCCGAUGAGCGAAGAAGAAAAGCAAUACACUGCCGAAGGUACCGCGGAUCAACCGCCAAGUGAUACUAUGUGCACAACCCUAACUUCGCAAACUAUCCGCGUUUCCUGGGUAAGUCCUCCGCUAGAAUCGGCCAAUGGUGUAAUCAAGGGAUACAAAGUAGUCUACGCGCCAAGUGAUCUGUGGAAUGACGAUAAGAACAAGGACUACAAGAAGACUGCCUCCAGCGAUACGGUUCUGCAUGGUCUGAAGAAGUACACCAAUUAUACUAUGCAAGUACUGGCUACUACUUCCGGAGGUGAUGGCGUUCGUAGUGCCCCGAUUCACUGUCAAACCGAACAGGACGUCCCGGAAGCUCCCACCGCAGUUAAGGCUCUGGUUAUGUCGGAAGGAUCGAUUCUUGUUUCGUGGCAGCCACCAUCCCAACCGAAUGGAGUUAUCCUUCAGUAUACUGUCUACAUCAAGAUUGGAGAUCAGGAACCCAAGAGCCACAAAGUGCCUUCCUAUCAGAUGAGCUAUGAAGCUUCGGGAUUGGAGAAGAACCAACAGUACGAUUUCUGGGUUACCGCAAGCACUAACAUCGGUGAAGGUCAGCGCUCGAAGAUGCUUUCGGCUAUGCCAAGUGACAAAGUUCCAGCGAAGAUUGCCUCGUUCGACGAUAGCUUCACUGCUACCUUCAAGGAAGAUGCCAAACUGCCGUGUAUUGCCGUGGGAUCCCCAACGCCCGACAUUACGUGGAAGAUCAAGGGCCAAGAAUUCGUUCCCAAUGAGCGCAUCCGACAGCUUCCGGAAGGUUCCCUCUUCAUCAAGGACGUCAUCCGUCAGGAUGCUGGAGACUACACUUGUACCGCUGAGAACUCGAUCGCCAAGGAUUCCAUUACACACCGAUUGAUCAUUGUGGCUCCUCCACAGUCGCCUCAACUAACGCUCACCGCUACCACCACCGAUUCGCUUGCCGUCAAGCUAAAGCCUCAUGAAUCGGACACUGCUCCGCUACAAGGAUAUACUCUGCACUACAAGCCUGAGUUCGGCGAUUGGGAAACUAUCGAUGUUGCAUUGGAUGCCCCGAAAUACACCAUCGAAAAUCUUUACUGCGGAUCGAGAUACCAGGUGUACGCCACUGCAUACAACACCAUCGGAGCCGGCGAGACCUCGGACAUCCUGAACACUCGAACUAAGGGAUCGAAACCGCUCCUGCCAGAUAAAUCACGAUUCAUCGAUGCUUCGUCCAACUCGAUCACGCUGCACUUGCCUGCAUGGAAGGACGGAGGCUGCCGUAUGUCGCAUUUUGUUGUUGAGAAUAAGAAAAAAGAUCAACUUGACUGGAACCAAAUUUCGAACAAUGUCAAACCCGGCGGCAACUUUGUUGUGCUGGAUCUGGAACCGGGUACCUGGUACAAUUUACGAAUAACUGCCCACAACAACGCCGGCUUCACCGUCGCAGAGUACGAAUUUGCCACUCUGACCAUCACCGGAGGUACGAUCGCUCCGAAAGUGGGCUCGAUCCAGCCGGGGGUCAUCUACCCGCCCUGGAUCCCGCACUGGAUCGACCUGAACGUGAUGGUUCCGCUGAUUGCGACCAUCAUCGUAGUGGCGGUGGGCGUUCUAGUGAUCUGCAUAGCAAUCUCACGCCGACGAGACGACGAUCCACGCUGCGGACCGAAGGAUGUUUAUUACGACGUGGUCUACAAUCAAUCGAUGGGACCGGCUGGUGCUGCUACACUGGACAAACGCCGACCGGACAUCCGCGAUGAACUGGGCUACAUUGCACCUCCGAACCGAAAACUCCCUCCCGUACCCGGAUCCAACUACAACACCUGCGACCGCGUGAAGCGAGGAACCGUGAUAAGCCAUAAUCCUAUCAAUAAAUCCAACCACUCAACCUGGGACCCCCGUCGACCACUGUACGAAGAGCUGAAAAACGUUCAAGGUCCGACGCUACCGAGAAGAUGUAACCAUCCACCAGCGUGUUACGGCAUGGAGGACGAAAUCUGCCCGUACGCAACGUUCCACCUGCUCGGUUUCCGCGAGGAAAUGGACCCAACCAAGGCGAUGAACUUCCAGACAUUCCCGCAUCAGAACGGCAUGACCGGACCAGGUCACAUGGGCACGAUGGGUUCGAACAUGGCCAUGCAGGUGCCGAACCACGUGCACUCGCGCUCCGGAUCACAGUCAAUGCCACGCCAGAACCGGUAUGCACGCAAGAAUAGCCAGGGAGGACAGAGCAGUAUCUACACUCCGGCACCCGAGUACGACGAUCCGGCGAACUGCGCCGAGGAGGAUCAAUAUAGACGGUACACUCGCAUCAACUCCCAAGGAGGAUCGCUAUACUGCGGACCUGGCCCCGAAUAUGACGACCCUGCCAACUGUGCACCGGAGGAAGAUCAGUAUGGAUCACAGUACGGAGGCAACUACGGUACACCGUACGAUCACUACGGAUCACGAGGAUCCGUGGGACGACGCAGUGUGGGUGAGUUGAUCGGUUCUCCUGAGCCCCCACCACCACCACCACGCAACCACGAUACCAGCAACUCGUCCUUCAACGACUCCAAAGAAAGUAACGAAAUUUCGGAGGCUGAGUGCGACCGGGACAACGGUCCCCGAGGCAACUAUGGCGAACCUACCGAGGCAACUGCCAAAGCAACCGACGCCCUCACUGGAGAGGAGACAGAGAAGUUGUUGAAAAGAAACGAAGUCAAACCCAAGUACGCCAAACAAGCCGCAGCCCCCGCCAGUACAGGACUCACAGCCUACGAUACUAUGGCAGUGUAAUCUGUAAAUGACUGACGACGGUCGAGGAGCGACCGUAGCGGACAGUAGUAGUAGCCCUCCUACUAGAAUCAACCAAUUUCAUCCGAAUCCCCUUUCUUAACCUGUAAGUUUAUGCUCCCAAACUAGGACAAGCGUAUCGCCAUAUCCACCUCCCUAUCAUACCACUUGAAAGAAAUCAUACUAUAUGUAUAACCGUUUACCGUAUACUCGCGUGACUUUGGGGUGAACAACAACAACAACAACAGCGGCUCCAUCAGGAUUUAUUCACGAAACUCCUCGUCGCUGUCAUUGUGGCGAAAACGACCGAGAGCGAACUAUUUGUGAGCUGGGAAUAAUCGAAAAUCCGAACAAAUUCUGUACAUUUACACCUGUGUAAGUUUUGCAUCAGUGUCUAUAUUGUAUGUGGUAUUAUUGGUAAAGGAUAUUUCAGUCUUCGCUAUUGAUUGUGUAUUAAUUUUAAGUGCUGAUUUGUGAUCGAUUGUAUUCUUAUUUACAUGAGCUUAAAUUACGAU